UGUUCUUAUACUGCGCCUCCAUUUCAGGGGUUGCGUAUUGUGUUUGAAGAUGGUUCACGUCUAGUGUUCCGUCUUUCCGGAACAGGAUCGGCAGGAGCCACUAUUCGUCUUUACGUAGAUUCAUACAUACCGGCGAAUGAUGCGAACAGGCUCUUUGCACCUGCUCAGGAGCUCCUCAAGCCGUUGGUCCUCAUUGCACUGGAUCUCUGCAAAAUGGAGCAAUUCACACAAAGAACGGCGCCUACUGUAAUUACAUAA